UCCUCCUCCUCUUCUCGCCAUUGCAGUUGGGACUGGAGCAGCCCCGGCGAAAACCGCGUGGCCUUUUUUUUUUUUUUUUUGAGGGGGCUGUGAAGACUGGUGAGCAAGAGGGCGGCGGCGGCUGAGGUCGAGGGACCGGAACGCUGACAAGAUAGUUGAAGUAUUGGUAACACCAAGGAAAGCUGUCACAAUUUGAAAAGAUAAACCAGGACUGAUUUCCAGACACUACAAGAGAAAAGGAAGGAAAAAUGGCAUUGUAUCAUCAUCACUUCAUCACAAGAAGAAGAAGGCGUCCCAUGAGAAUUUUUGUGAAUGAUGAUCGCCAUGUCAUGGCAAAACAUUCUUCAGUAUACCCAACGCAAGAGGAGCUGGAGGCCGUACAGAAUAUGGUAUCUCACACUGAGCGAGCCCUCAAGGCUGUCUCUGACUGGAUUGAUGAGCAGGAGAAGGGCAAUGAGUUCACCGAGGCAGACAAUAUGGACACACCCCCAGACGACGAGAGCAAAGAAGGGGCUGGGGAACAGAAGGCGGAACACAUGACUAGGACCCUGAGGGGUGUGAUGCGGGUCGGCCUGGUAGCCAAGGGUCUUCUGCUCAAGGGGGACUUGGAUCUGGAGCUGGUUCUGCUCUGUAAGGAGAAGCCCACAACCGCCCUCCUGGACAAGGUGGCUGACAACCUGGCCAUCCAGCUCACUACUGUGACAGAAGACAAGUACGAAAUACUCCAGUCUGUGGAUGAUGCUGCGAUUUUGAUAAAAAACACAAAAGAACCCCCUUUGUCCUUGACCAUCCACCUGACCUCCCCUGUUGUCAGAGAAGAAAUGGAGAAACUAUUAGCCGGAGAAACGCUAUCAGUCAACGACCCCCCGGACGUUCUGGACAGGCAGAAAUGCCUUGCUGCCUUGGCGUCCCUCCGACACGCCAAGUGGUUCCAGGCCAGAGCCAAUGGGCUGAAGUCAUGCGUCAUUGUCAUCCGUGUCCUAAGGGACUUGUGUACCCGAGUGCCCUCCUGGGGUCCCCUCAGAGGCUGGCCUCUGGAGCUGCUAUGUGAGAAGUCCAUCGGCACUGCCAAUAGGCCAAUGGGUGCUGGUGAAGCCCUGCGAAGAGUGCUGGAGUGUCUGGCAUCCGGCAUCGUAAUGCCAGAUGGUUCUGGCAUUUAUGACCCUUGUGAAAAAGAAGCCACUGAUGCUAUUGGGCAUCUAGACAGACAGCAACGGGAAGAUAUCACACAGAGUGCGCAGCAUGCUCUGCGGCUGGCUGCUUUCGGUCAACUCCAUAAAGUUCUAGGAAUGGACCCCCUGCCUUCCAAAAUGCCCAAGAAACCAAAGAACGAGAACCCAGUGGACUACACUGUUCAAAUCCCCCCCAGUACCACCUACGCCAUCACACCCAUGAAACGCCCCAUUGAAGAAGAUGGGGAGGAGAAGUCUCCCAGCAAAAAGAAAAAGAAGAUUCAGAAGAAAGAGGAGAAGGCUGAACCUCCCCAAGCUAUGAAUGCCCUGAUGAGGCUGAACCAGCUGAAGCCAGGGCUGCAAUACAAGCUGAUCUCCCAGACAGGUCCUGUUCAUGCCCCCAUAUUCACCAUGUCUGUGGAGGUAGAUGGCAGUACCUUUGAGGCUUCAGGGCCAUCUAAAAAGACCGCCAAACUACAUGUGGCUGUAAAGGUGUUACAAGACAUGGGCUUGCCAACAGGAGCUGAAGGCAGAGAAUCCAGCAAGGGGGAGGACUCAGCUGAGGAGUCAGAUGGGAAGCCAACAAUAGUGGCCCCGCCCCCUGUGGUAGAAGCUGUCUCCAACCCUAGUUCUGUCUUCCCUUCAGAUGCCACUACUGAGGACGGCAAGCAGCAGGGGCCAAUAUUGACUAAGCAUGGCAAGAACCCGGUUAUGGAGCUUAAUGAGAAGAGGCGUGGCCUCAAAUAUGAGCUCAUUUCUGAGACUGGGGGCAGCCACGACAAACGAUUUGUUAUGGAGGUUGAAGUGGAUGGACAGAAGUUUCAAGGUGCUGGUUCAAACAAAAAGGUGGCAAAGGCUUAUGCUGCUCUUGCUGCAUUAGAAAAGCUUUUUCCUGAUGCCCCCCUGGCCCUUGAAGCCAACAAAAAGAAAAGAGCCCCCGUACCUGUCCGAGGUGGACCUAAAUUUGCUGCCAAGCCACACAAUCCUGGCUUCGGCAUGGGAGGCCCCAUGCAUAAUGAGGUACCCCCACCUCCCAACCUUCGAGGCCGAGGCAGAGGAGGGAAUAUCCGUGGGCGAGGACGAGGGCGAGGAUUUGGUGGCGCCAACCAUGGAGGAGGCUACAUGAAUGCUGGCGCUGGAUAUGGAAGCUAUGGGUACGGCAGCAAUUCGGCCACAGCAGGCUACAGUGACUUUUUCACAGACUGCUACGGCUAUCAUGAUUUUGGGGCUUCCUAGAGCGUCUAAAAGUAUUGACACAAAAUCAACUUUUUACUCCAAUUUCCUCCAACUCCAAAACCCAAAGUGUCCGUGCUGUGUCCCUGUGCUUCACUGGGGUUCUCAACCGUGGCUUUCCACCGCAGCUUGUCUGAAACUGUUAGCCUGCAGACUUAAGACAAUGGCAGUUUCUAUCAUGAAUUUGCCUUUGAACUUGGUCAUUUCGAAGUUCACACUAAGUGGAAAAAACCUUUUUCUCAGAUAUUUUUCUUUCUUUUUUUUUCUUCCUUGUUUUUUUUUUUUCUUUUUUGUGCAUCCUCGCACAGAAUUCAGAAUUCUAGAGCCAGCGUUGUUCAGCGUCAAGGCAAAACCCAUCUUUGCUUUUUAUGGAAAGCAUUCCUUUAUUUAAUGAGACAGAUAAUGGCACGUUUUAAUCUACCUUUGUCUUAAUUUACGGCAGGUUUUGUAUGCAUUUUUAACCUUUUCACCAACUUUCACAUCUCAUUGAUGCCUUUGGCAGUGUGAAAACCAUUUCAGCAUAUCUGGUCCAGAGCAGCUGACUUUCCUUGCCCUUUUAAGGAGCAUGUAACCUCUGGGAUGGCCAGGACUUGUGUACUGCAGAGAGCAGGGCCUCCCACCUUUUGUAAAUGCUCUGGUGGAUCAUUGGGGUGAAGCGGUUCUGUGGCUGCUUUAAAAGUUAAAAGAGUGAACUCGCAAAGGCAUCAAAACUGCGCUUCCGUUACCUGUGUGAGAAAUGAGACAGGCUUGAAAGGAGAAUAACGUGAAAUUUUGCAAGUCCUGAUCACAACUGUCAAUGCAUGGACUCCCUGGAUUGGGUUUGAGUUUUUCUUUUUCACAGUGGGCCUUUAAAACUGAGCUGGAAGAGGCCCACACAUCCUCAAUUUUUUUUUUUUCUAACAGAGAACUAGCUUUGGCCCAACCAGGGUCUACAUUGCUUGGCAUCUAGAAAUUUCUCCCCGUGUAUAAAGUACAAGGUGGGAAUCCUUGUGAUACUGUGGUUAGGCCUCUGCUCUGUAGUCUUUGCUACAGAUCUGCCCCUGCUUUGACUUGCAAGAUUUGACGUUUAUUCAGGCAAAAAAUGGCCAAAAUGGUUAUUGUGUGAUUUGUUCCCCAAGGUUUAAAAGUCAGUGAAACUUUCUAAGACUUUGCAUGAUGUAUUUUAUUUUAUUUUUAUUUUUUAGAAAGUUAUUGUUUGCAAAUAAUGCCUUUUUAUACCAAGAAAUAGUUCUGAAUGACAUUGAAAACCUACCCUUUCCUUAUUACUAUUAUUAUUUUUUAAAUGAAUACAUGUUAAAGUAAUGAGCCCUCCGUACUGGCGUCUUCAUUCAUGCCCAGCUUCAAGCAGGCAGCUCAGUUGCUCAGCAUAGGACCCUGGGGAAGCUAAAGCAGGGGCCUGGAGGAGGUGCUGGGGUUGGGGUUGGGAGUGAUCUGGCCCUGGGCUUCCCAGUAUCCUCACUGAGCCUCCACGUGUUUGCUUUCUUGCAUUGUGGGACACUUCCUCCUCUGCAUUGUUGUGGCUUUGUGAUGGGGUGGGAGAGGUCUGUCUACAGAAGGGCUUUCACGGGGGAAUUACCUCUCCCAGUGCUUGUGCCAGUAGUGGGGGGAACAUCAGCGUUGGGGCAGGGUGUAUAUCCACCAGUGGGUAGAGGGAAGGCAUAGUGCCUUUAGUUCUCAACCUGGGGAGGAAGGGCAAGCUGUGUGGGAAUAUCUCUUUUCCCUUCUUCCUGUCUGGGGCUGACGAGGUUUACUGGGCUAAAGGUCUGCAUGCUGAGGCUACUUAAUCUGGGAAGUCAGGCUUCUGGGAGCUCCAAGGCCCCUGUUGAGCACUGGGAAAUGUUCUGUCUUCUCCUGAGCCUGGAGGUGGGAACUUCUUUCUGCAGGGAGGCUGAAGCCCUGCCUUGCCUUGCCCUGUUCCCGUCACUCCAUCCAAAAUCUCCAAUAGGGAACACAUUGAUAAACCCAGUGAUCCAAAAUGGGGGCUAGAGACUGUAGCAGCCACAGUGCUAGCUCAUUAGUCUUGCCACUGAGGUCCCGAUUCAAACAUUAACCUCAGUCUGUGCUUGCCUUCUCAUGAGACUAAGGACACACUCUAUGCCUUCAGUUGUGUGUUGUUUACACCAAGGAAGGAGACCGGGCAAGUGUCUCGAGUCUCAAGUCACUGUCUUAAGAGCACUUGGUCUUUGAGGACCAUGAUGGUUUUAGGGACCUCGUGGCAAGGCAUCUCCUGGGGUCCCCAAGAUUUGUGCCUGUUGAGCUCAUUUCCUGCACGGAGGGGAAAGGGGGUGGCUCACUGCUUUUGGGUGCUUUGCUUUUCCUGUCACCGUUGGGGACAUCUGGGUAGCCGUCAGCUAGUCCUGAAUGUCAUCCACGCUCGGAGCCCAUCUCAUUGUAAUGUUGACAUCUGCAAAGCUGCUGUCGUGCUGCUGCUUGGCAAAGACCCCUUGUCAUCAGCUGAGGGUGAGUGGAGCUGAAGGCUGGGCUGGCUUAAGCCAGGCUGCCUUGACCAGCAGAGCCUCGUGCUCCAAUCUGUUCCUCGCUGCUCUGAGCAGUAAGCUGUGGGCCAGCCUUCAGGGCCCACAACUGCUGCCUUUCUCCCCUCCCAGCCCUCA